AUGCAAUUAGAUUCACUGCCAAACGAAUUGUUUUUGGAUGUGUUCAAGUGUCUUUCGACUUCUGAUCUUCUUCGAGCGUUUUCUCAACUCAACACUCGUUUCGACCGUCUCAUUCUCACCCAUCUACAAGAUCACAAAUGCAUUGAUCUUCGUGCGACCGCAAAAUAUCACGUCGAUCUUUUCUGGACACAACUCCUUCCACCAUUGGUCACUCAAAUUACUUCACUUACUUUGUCAAACGAUAUCAAUACUCCGAAUCAAAUUCAACAAUUCUAUUCACAUGGCUUCACUUUAUGUCAAUUCACUCGUUUGCAGACACUUUCACUGUCUCAUGUUCACUCAAGUGAAACAAUGGACAAAAUAUUAAAAGAUUUGUCUCAUCUGUUGACUCUAUCUCAUCUCACGUUUAAUACAUGUAACAUCAAUCAUGAUUGGUGGGUGAACAUUGUUUGGAGUCUUCCUAAACUUGUUUAUUUCUCCUUCAUUCCGCACUCUGCUUCACGAAAACAUUUUUAUACACCGCGGUUAAUUUCGUCAACUAUCAAAUCUAUACAUGGCUUUUGUGAUGAAUAUGCCACAAGCAUAAUCGAUCUGACAAAACAGACACCACAACUUCGAUAUUUAUCCAUUAGUGCUGAUAAUCGUCAAUCUUUUUCUGAUCUAUCAACAUACUUCAACUCGAUAACAAAAUUGAAUUUAUUGUUUGACAGCUGUAAAUUUAAUUCACUACUGAAUAUUUUACGUCGAAUACCGAAUGUAACACACCUCAAAGUUGAUAUGAAAAGUCAUUGUAUCGAUGCACAAAUCUGGCAACGAUUGAUUCAGAAGCAUAUGACGAAACUGAAAUAUUUACAGUUUAGAAUGACUUUCACAGUUCUUGCAAAUAAUAUUAUUAUAAAACAAGAAGUUGAGAAGGUUGUUGAUUCUUUCCGAAAUCCAUUCUGGCUUGAUGAACAUCGAUGGUUUGUUCAAUGUGAUUGGAAUCCACGUAGUAGAAAGUGUUACAUCUACACUGUACCAUAUACAUUUGAUAGUUUUAAUAUCGACUUUCAAUUAUACUCGAAAUCUACGUGUGCACCUGAUAAUGCUGAGUGUCACUUCGAGUGUGUGCGCAGAUUGACAUUCAGUACCACUUCUCAUACACUUCAUGAAUGCUUAUCAUUAUCUCACAUUCAUUUUUCAAAUAUUGAACAUCUUACCAUCGAGCUCUCGAGGCCAAAUCAUUUUCUCUAUAGUAACGAUCAAUUUAACCCAUUGGCUUAUGCUGACGAAAUGAACUGUCUCAAUCUGUUGAAAUGUGUAUUAGAACAAAAUACUCAUUUAACUUCAUUACAUUUUCAUAGAUGGCCAUCAGCGAUUCUGAAUUUAUCCCAAUGUGAUAUUAAGAACGUGUUAAUAUUUGAACUGAAUUUGAGGGGUAGUGCUGGGUGUGACUUUUAUUAUACUGCACAACAAUGUGAUCAAAUUAGUCGUUCAACACUUGGUAUGCAAUGUCGAAUUCUGACUAUCGAUGUCAAAGAUUUGACGUGUGUUUACGAUCUCAUUAUGAAAAUGAACAAUCUACAAAUACUUGAUGUUCGAUGUCGAUGUGAUCAACCAAAUUCAGGUGAAAUCACAAUAAAAGAAAACCUUAGGGAAUGGCUACAAAAUAAUAUACAGAUUGUACCGUCUGACACAAGAGAUCCCAGCCGGAGUACGGUUGCAGAUGGAAGUCGUUUAUAUAUUGAACGUUUAUAA